AUGGAAUUGGACGGUGAUACUAAAACAAUGCUUUCUUUGAUUAGCAAAAUCGGAGACAAGGUCGGGAUGCAUAAUGAGUUAUUACCAUGUAAAAGUGGCAAAAAGUUAGAAGUCUUGGAAGGGGAUCCGCUGAUUCAACAAACUGUCAAUGCUAUUGUUGAUUUAUCACGUUUUCGACUGAGUAUAAUAGUCAACUAUCUUACCAAUCUUUUGGAAAACAUUUCACAGUCAUCAUCUACAACCUUGGAGGAAUUUGUUCCGAUUGAAAUACUACAGUCGCAACUAUUUAUCCUAAAAAUUAUGUCAGCAUCUAUGACGCAUCAUUGGAAAUGUCAUCGAGGACAAAGAGAUAUUGAGGCGAUGGCACAAGUACCCCAUUCUUCUCCAGAAUUACCACCAAUAUCACCAGCAUCAACUGGUAGUGAAGAUUCGUCUAUAUCUUCCCCCUCUCAACCAAAUUUAAAUAACGCGUUACCACGAUCUGAACAACGACAAUUUCGACCACCGAAAUCAUGGGACGAUCCACCACCAUUGGAUGAAUCAUUAGCUGUGUAUAUCUUAAAUGUGCUAUCGAGAUUUCUCCAUCAGAUGGCUAAUCAGGAGGAAAACAAUCCGAAUUUACAACAAAAUGGAGGACAAAAUACUAAUGGUAACAACCAAAAUUCUGCACAAUAUUUAGCUACAUAUGAGAUCGUCUGCGAGAUCUAUAAAAACGCCGGUCGUGUGAUAUUUUAUAUCAGCGCAUCGAACUGGAAUGUUGUCUUUUCUAAGAUUAAAAGUCGGAUUAACUAUCUAACCACUACAAACGACGAAUGGCCUGAAACUUCAGAGCUGAAACUGUUGGAAGUAUCAGAUUUAAAUUCUAAGAGAUUAUCGAUGGUUUUGCAAGAACUGUGUAAUACAUUUAUGCAUUUAAGAAGAACGGCGCAAGUAACAAUGGCGAUAGUUCUACGAAAAGCAAUAUGGAAUUGGAUCGAAGUUUUUCCCGCUGAAUUUGUGAAAUUAUGCCAGUAUCAGGAACGGAUGGAGGGAGGACCAGAAAGACUUUUUGAUAUGUGUAAUAAUUCGGCUGACAGUAAAGGUCGCAAGGCUGCCUUUUGGCCUUUACAAAUAAUGUUGUUGAUUUUGUGCCCGGAUAUUUUGCUUAACUCUAUGGAUAAGACGAUCAAUGCGAAUAAAAAAGAUCUCUGGUCAGCCCGGCCUACACCUAGAGCUCAAUUUUUGGAUAAUCUGAAAAGGCAUUUACGAGGAAGAAAUUUAGCUGAUGUUGCGGCUAUAUGCUAUGUAGAUAUUUGCAAGGCUUCGACAUAUGUUAACUCACAUGAUUCUUCGACUUUAAGAACGAUUAUCCCUGACAUUGAGAGUGAGUUAAGGCAUAAGUUAUUUGAUCCCGACAAACCAUUCCCGAGUAGUGACAAUGUAGAUCAACAAUUGAUGACCGAUUGUUUGAUAGCUUUGUUCAAACUAAAUCCAAAGGAAACAUUAUCCACCUUGGUACCUAUUUGUUUACGUGAAAAUGCACCAGGUGCUUUCAAAUUAGUGCUUGUAAAGAGUUGUAAUACCAUUGCCUCUGAGGAGGAUCGUUUGCCAUGGAAUCCACAAAUUUCAUCGAUGCACUCAAAAUUGGCCUCACCUUUAAGAAAAUUGUUUCAAGAUCUAUUGGAAAAUCGUAAUAAAGUCAAAAGUAAAAAAGCGACGACAGAAAAUUCAGAGAUAAUUCUCAAUCUAUUAAAAUUAUAUCGAUCGGAUCCUAAGUUGGCCAUAGUGGGAAAAGAUGUAAAAGAGCAAACGAGUGAAAAUCAAUCGAUAAUUUUGGGAAUCGCCGAGUAUUUAAAUGACUCCAAUAGUUUAAUUAAGAUUAGUGCAGCCGAGGCUUUGAUGGAACUUCAUAAAAUUGACCUCAUCGGAUUGUGGGGUACACCAUUACAGAAUUUCUGGAUUAUAAGUUCACAGAUUACUCUUACAGUAGCGACGCAAAUCUUGGAAAAGGAAAAAGAUGAGGGGCCUAAAUAUAUGCUAGAUUUAUUAUGUAAUCUAUUAUUUCGACGCAAUGAUUUCCUUCGAAGUCAAAAAGACAAACCUCUCAGAUGCAACAAUGUUCCUGAUCGUUUGACUUCAAAUAUCAAACUAGAAACUGCUUGUUUGGUCUUGCUGUGCUCCUCGGACUCUGAAAUUUGUUCGAUGGCAUUAGAAUGCAUUAAUCUCAUGUAUUUGGAAGCCCUUUUAACCACCGAGAGUUUUGCGAAUGAUAUGGAAGCCACCGAAUUACCACCUCCACAAAUGACCAUUGUAGAAAAUAUUCAGGUAUACCAAGAACUGGCUCAUAAUCAAGGAGUGUUUGCCGGUAGAAUGGCCCAACAAAGACGUAUUCGUAAGUUGCUGAGAAUGAUGGUACAACCAACCCCUGGUAAUCUUGGUGCAUGGGAAGAAGCAUGGGAUAGGUGGAAGACGUUAACUCAAAUUAUAGCGAAACCAGUCGAAGAUCCAGUCCCCGGACCUAUCAUUGCAAGGAGACCCAUUAUGUUUUUCAGUCCUGGCUCUCCCUUAAAGUCACAAAAUUCAGCUAUUACUUCUGGGUUAUCUGAUGAAGAAUCAAUGGAAUGGAAUCAUUACACUCGAUUCCUCGCAGCGUUAGGCGGUUGUUGUGUCCAAGACAGGUUUAUAAACGCGUCACGCAGGACAUCUAUGCCACAUCCAAAUGAUUAUCACUCUAUGGUGGAGAAAUAUAUACAAGAGAUGGUAGACUUAUUGGUUUGUGACAGUAAUUAUGUCCGUGAGAAUGUUAAGGACACCCUUGGAAAUGAUUUAAGUCCAAGGCUAUAUGUAAUACUUUUCCAUCACCUCGAAUCAAUAGUGUCAAGAUUUCUUGACUCUGCUAAUCCCAAUGAGCGAUUUACAUUGUUUGUGGACCAAGCUAUACAUGUGCUAAAGUUAAUUUUAGAACGGAUUCAUGACGCAUCGGAUAAUCUCUAUGCAUGUGAUCUUGGUGGAUUGGUUCUUUCGUUCGCAAGGUAUUUGAAUAGACUGGGCGCUGGUAAUAACGCGCUAAAGAUCAAAAAACGAAUGUGCCAGUUGGCUGAAACGUUGAUGAUUAAAAAAGAAUAUGUCAGUCUUCGUCAAGAAAUAAAACUAAGAAAUCUCUUGUUGGAGAUUAUUAUUGAGUGGACUUCUGAUUUCUCAAUGAAAACCGAUAGUUCGAGCGUGAGCGAAAAUAUGUCAAGCAAAAAUGAAAGGUUACAUCGGGACCUGGAUUCAGCAUGUUUGAAAACAAUAGUUGAGCUGUUGUUGCAACUGCCCUUGCAACCGAGCGAAAAUGCUCAUGAAGCCGACUUAAGUCAAGUCAAAUCCCAAUUAUUCUUUAAAUAUUUUACAUUCUUCAUAAAGUUAUUAAGUCGUUGUCGUAUUUUGGAGGCGAUUGAUAGUGGGACACACUCUGCAAAGAAUAAUCAAGAUUUACAGAUGUUGCUUUCAAAGUCUAAAGAAUAUGUCAAGGACCUUGGACCAUUAAAGGACUACACGAUUAUUGCAUUAUCGAAUCUUCUAAGUGCAAAUGUAGAUUCCGGUCUAAAGUAUUCAUUAUCUAUGGGUUAUCAUGAAGACACAAAGACUCGAACCGCAUUCAUGCUAGUCCUCAGAAACAUUCUUCAUCGAGGAACGGAGUUUGAAGGUUUAGGAGAGAAUGCUGUUAAAGAUCGUUACGAAAGACUUGUUGAGGUCAUUACUUCCUCAGAUCUUGAAAUUGCCCUGUCACUUUGCGAGGUCUACCAGGGACCGGAUGCAGAGGAGUUUGUUCGUGUAAUGGCAGCAGUUUUUGAGUCUCGCGAUAGGUUCUUGGAACUGUUGGAAAAAAUAUUUGACAAGGAAAUUAAAAACACAGUAUAUGAGAACGAUGUUUUCAGGCAUACCACUAUGGCCACAAGACUGUUGGCCGCAUUUGUUAAAUCACAGGGAGCUGAAUACCUUAGAGAAACACUACAACCAGUCGUAAAUGAAAUACUAUCUAAACCAAGCAAUUUUAGUGUGGAAAUAAAUCCUGAUAGGAUUCCUCCUGGCGAAAAUAUCGAUCAAAAUUUGAGUAAUUUAAAGUCUGUGACAAAAUCAUUCCUGAAUGCCAUCUUUUCUUCUACGGAGAAUAUGCCUAGAUCCUUCAAAAUUUUUUGCUAUAAUAUCGCGAAAACCAUUGAAGAAAAAUAUCCUGGUAAAUCAUUGACGACAAUCGGAUCGUUCAUAUUUUUAAGAUUUUUCAGCCCUGCGAUAGCCUCACCAGAUAGCGAGAAUAUUUGUAAACCCAUAGAAAAUAUCAGAUUUAGACAAAUCUUUUUAUCAAGCGCAAGACAAUUACCGAUUUCAACACCAUCAUCAGAACUAAAAUUGGGCGAAACAACUGCAGCCGCACGAGUAUUGGAUGACACAGACAACAAGGCCUUGCAUAGACAUCUGUAUCAUAAUCAAGAAAAGAUGGGGAGGGAUUUACAAACUCGACGACUCAUGUAUGGAUUGGCUGGGAAUUUAGAUAAUGAACAAGCUAUUAAACAAGCUUGGGAUAAAAUAUCAACAUUACUAGCUCAACUAGGUCCCCCGCCAGAAACGUCAAAGAAGGAAAUUAUGAGUGUUACGAGUCAAUCCUUUGCAAACAAUAACCAUUUCUUCCAAGAGUUCAUGAGGAGAAACAUUAAUCGUGCCACAGAACCUAUUGUAUCGAAGGAAAUAUUUUAUGAAGGUGGGCCCUCGAAGGCUCGUAGACCGGUUUUCUAUUACAUUGCACGUCGUCUUGAAGCCGAAGCUACCGACAUGGAACUUUUGAUGUAUCACGUUCUUCAUACCAUCAAGUCACAUAUGAGUAGACCUUUCGAAAUCUUGGUGGAUUUAACGCAAUUCGGAGCGUCCAAUGAGAUACAAUCUCAGUGGGUUCAACACUUUACGCAAAUAUUGCCAUAUGAAGUUGUCGAAAACCUCUCAAAAUUAUAUUUAUAUAACACAAAUACAGCUUUCAAAAAAUUUGUGAAGAAAAUUUCACGUUCUCUACCACAACAGAUAUCUAAGAGAACGGUAUUUUGUUGUUCUUUAAAUGAACUUCAUGAGUACAUUGCACCAUCUGAAGUGCGACUCCCGAGAAGCACGUCAUGUCUCGACGUAAGAAGAAACCGUAACACCUUCUCUGUGACUAGAAUUUCUCAUUAUCGAGUUCAUGUUUCUGUGACCAUUAAGAUAUGCAAUGAAUACGUUCAGAUUAUAACGCAAAAGAGGCAAGACCUUAUUAAUGGGUUAAGUUGCCAACUUAAUGAUGUCUAUCACAUCUCUGAAGUCGAAGAUGUCAAUAAUUCCCGUAAGAAUGACGAAUUUGAGUUCUUUAUCAAACCAGAUCGUGGUAGACCAUCACUUUCAUUUACAAGUCCCAAAAGAGAUGCAAUCAUACAGGCGAUCCGAUCUUCAAAGGCCAGGUACCAAAUUACGAAACCAGCCACCAUCACUGAGAGAGUCAUUCGCCCUAACGGCGUACCUGGUACAUUAUUGAAUAUGGCUUUGUUAAACAUUGGAAGCGAGGAUCCAAAUUUACGGUCGGCGGCAUAUAAUCUAUUGGUCUCUUUGAGUCUCAUUUUCAAUUUUGACGUGGGCAAUCAAUUACUCAGUGCUAAGGGGCUUUGCAUUCCAGCGAAUAAUAGCACAUUUGUUGUUCAAAUGAGUACAAGGCUUGCUUCGACCGAAACGUACCUUACCUUAGAGUUCCUGUCGGAUUUCUUUGAUGGUUUCUACAGAUCGAGCCCAGCACAAAAACACCUAUGUCUUCAAUACAUGAACCCGUGGCUUCAAAAUCUUGCUUUCUUUUGCAGAAAUGUGUCGGAAAAUCAGACUAACGUUAAGAAUACGCGAGAUAUUAUCAAAAAACUAAUUGACAUGACCACUAAAGAAACUGAACUCUACACGGCAAUUCAAGCUAACGUUUGGAAUAAGUUGAAACAGGUUGAUGAGAUCACAAAUAUCAUAAUUGAUGAAUUUAUAAAAUACGCAGUUGACCAUGGUAUCAGUUCCUCACAGGCUGAAACGGUGGCCAAUACAAUCGUCACUUUAUCUUCGGUUAAUGUUCGCGGAAAAAUUGUAUCUAGACUUCGUAGUGCUAUCCUAAGAACCUCAUCGGCAAAAACCAAGACGCUCACAGACAAUCCAGCGUGGACUGAAAUUGCGGUUCUAAUUCGAUUCAAUCUAAUGUUGUCUUUCAACAAUAAUAUUCAGCUAUACUUGCCCGAAUUAUUUCACAUUAUUUCACUUCUUGUCGCUACUGGACCUCCUCUCAUCAGAGCCUCAGUUCACGGAUUGAUUGUUAAUCUAGUACAAUCAUUGUGCACCUCUCAACAACUCGGAGAAGAAAAUUAUAAAAGGCUAACGCUAUUACUGACAGAAUUGUCCGAUCCUAAUUUUCACUACUUCUUUGGCUUGAAUCAAUCAGUUAAUAGUGCAUUUUCGAUAUCACCGGAGUCCACGCGAAAUUCUUCGGAAACAAUGCCUCUGAGUUCGUUGGAAACUGUAAUUCAAGCACUUUUGGAAGUUAUUAUAUGCGGCGCACCUUCUACAGACACUUCAAAUGCAUGGCGAGCACGUUGGAUGGGACUAGUAGCGAGCACAGCAUUCCAAUAUAACCCCUCGAUACAACCAAGAGCUUUCGUUGCACUUGGUUGUCUAGCCCGAGAAGAAGUUGAUGAUGACCUUCUAUAUCAGAUUUUAGUUACCUUAAAGACAGCAUUGAAUGCAUUUUCAGAGACGGACUGCUCACUAAUAGUCAGCAUAGUGAUGUGCCUCACGAAAAUAGUCGAAAACCUGACCGAGAAUUCAAAAUAUCUUAGACAAAUGUUCUGGCUAGCGAUGGCUCUCAUUCAAAUAGGGCACAUACCAAUAUUUCCAAGUGCUGUACAUUUACUACUUACUGUCCUUCGAUCAUUCGACGCUCAUAAUUUCUUUGCAGAAAAAGACAUCGCUACAGUCCUCUUAAGUUAUCGAGAACCUUUGAAAGAAUUGGCAGAAGAAAUGGAUAAGGAAAAUGGAAUUAAUUAUAACCAUUUUUCAUUCGCGGUAGCAGCCGCAUUACUGAAAGGGCUAAAAAAUACCACUACAAAAACAUCCACGGUAACGGUGCUAAAGUUGUUCCUUGAGAUAACUUUUAAAGGGCUAGAAACAAGAGAACAAAACAUAAUUCAUGCGUCUAUGUUGGGAUACUUGGCAGCUUGCCUACCAGCAUCAGCGAAAACGGCGGAUAUGAAGGAAUUACUAUGGCUUUGUGGAGUUUUUAAUUCUGAGUUAGAAAAUACAGAACUCGCCACGACUUAUUAUCCGAUAAUGGACAGACUAGAUAUUCCAGACAAUCAGACAGCGCUAUUAUUAAUAUCUUUAAUGGUUACACUUCUCCAGAAUGCCGACAGUGAGUCGGAAAGAGUAUUCUUGUAUGGAUUCUUAGCGGAAGCGUCAAUCACCGUACCGGAAGUUUUUGCUCUAGUUUACGACGUACUUCAACCGAAGAUGAGACAAAUAGUGGAGAACAGUAGUUCUCUAUCGAUUCUAGAUGCUGUGCAGCAGAUUUUAAUUACAGUUGUAUCGGAACCUCAAUAUAUGAGAACAAGAGGAGAUCACAUGUCUUAUUUAGAAGAAAUUGGAUUUAAACACUUGAUGGACUCGGGUUCAUUUCAACCUGUAACCAAGGAGAAAAUGAAGGUGAAUGCAAAGUUGGCGAGUAAACUAGUUGGUUGUAUGAUUAUAAUUAAAUAA